AUGGGCCUCGAGGCUUCGUUGACUGGCUUCAAUGAUUGGUCGUUUGGCCAAGUUGCUGCUGUGGUGUUACUGGCCGCACCGCUCAUCACAAUCAUCGAGUAUCUCAAGGACGAUGAGACUCGCGCACAAGAUGAGACGCCCACACAAGAAGAGACGCCCACACAAGAAGAGACGCCCACACGAGAUGAGACGCCCACACCGGAUGAGGAACAACCUUCUAUAGCUAUAGCAAACCCAACCACCACAGACCCCAACGACCCUGACAAUGAUUGGAUGUCUCACCCCAACAUACCGGAUCUGAUCUAUAGACAUUUAUCCAUGUUUACGUUCAUAAUCAUCUUCUGGACGGCAGACCAUGAUCCUUUCGGCAAGACGAGCAAGCUUUUAUCAGACGGUGAUCUCAUCUUAACGGGUCUUUCGAUGCCUUUAUUCAUUCUUUGCUCUUUGAUGGUGGAUACUAUAUUUGUGGAUAGAAACCCUGCAUUUCACGACAGUAUGAAGGUCUGGGUAGAGAUAUACAACACAUCGACUAUGUUAUAUAUGUUCUCCUCCAUGUUUGCGCCGAUUACUUAUGGUCUCCUGCCGCUCCUCAUUAUCGGUGCUUUGGCGGCUCGAUUUCGGAGUUGA